AUGUCCCAAGAUAUAUCUAGUAGCCUCAAUCAUGCUAAUGGACUCGAUCACUCAGAAACAUUCUUAAAUCUGCGGCUUCCCCUCCCAGACCCGUACACUUCCCUGCGAAGUUGGGCGGCAACUUUAAAGAAAAAUCGUGCCAUUUCCAACGGCUACGAGUGGAUAACGCCAGCGCUAAAUGAGUGGUCAUUAAAAACGACAUCAUCGCUGCUUAUGAUCCAGUUUCAUCACGAGUCACGGCUCGAAAUGAGGAAAUUGAUAAUAGAUGUGAUAGAGUGCAUGCAGGAAAAAGAUUAUCCCGUACUUUGGGUACUGAGGCCAGUCACACUUGAAAACAGUGGCAGCUUCGAAGAUAAUUUAAGCCCCAUCGACAUAAUGAAGAAUUUGAUUCUCCAGGCGCUACGAACACCACAGGAGAAUCUCAAUAAGCCUCAUUCCUCAAAAAUACAGGAUACGGUUCAAUACGCAACAAACAUGGAAGAUUGGUUCUAUAUACUGGAGCUAGCUUUAGCUGGCUUGAGAUAUGUUUACCUGAUCAUUGACAACGAGGCUAUCGUGGAAGCCUCGGAUUUUCGGUGCAACUCCCUGUCAUACUCAUGGCCAAUAGAAUUGAUACGGUUCAUGGAGAGGCUUAGAAGUAAAGGAUCAACCGUGGUUGUCAAGACAAUGUUAGUAGGCUAUAGCCCCGUCAUGACCAUUUCGAAAUGGCGUGGAACGCCGGUUGAAGAACUAGCGUUAUGGGUGCGGGCACCAAAUGGGGGAGGUCCCGGGGCGCCAAGGGGGCGAAAUGGGGGCAGUAAUCGCAAUACGCUAUCGUCUUCGAUUCACCUACCAGCUACGGUGCCGGCAAUCCCUAUAUCGCGGGAUCGGGAUACUUCAACCCCUCUAGGACCUUCAACGAUCUCGGAUUGUACGCACAAUGCGUCCACGUACCGUCAACCACUGGCGCCUACUGGGAACUUAGACGGCGACAAGUUGGAAUCGCGUCUAGGAGCGAUCGGGGUCUACAAUCGACAGAGAAAACUAUUGGAAGAUCCCCAUCCGGACAAACUUCAACUGUUCGAUGAAAGAGAUGAGCUUAAAGUAAGCACCGACAGCAAGAUUGAGAGCGUUAAGGAGUUCUUCCAUCGUAUCGAAGGCUUUCACGAGAAGUAUAUGAGCAGCUGUCAAUCUGAUAUCAGAGUAAAGAUCGCGGUCUUAGACACGGGCCUAGACGAGCACCAGCUUGGAUUCAAAACAAGACGAGAAGAAAUACAGGAUGGGCGCAGAGGUGUAGGCUUAAGGGCCGAUAUAGAUCCCGUAAGGGCGACGAAGUCAUUCCUAGACGAGUCAGUAAAAGAUGCCAAAGGCCAUGGCACACACGUAGCAGAGAUUCUCCUUCAGGUCGCUCCUCAGGCGAACCUCUACAUCGCUAAAAUAUCCCACAUGCUAUCUUCGCCAACGACGAGCCAAAUCGCGAAUGCAAUAAAAUGGGCGGUAGAAAUGGACUGCGACAUCAUCACUAUGUCUUUUGGCCUUCCUCAGCCUUCCGAUCAAUUUGAAAGUUUUGGCGAAAUCGACGAGGCCAUUCGGAUUGCCUAUUCUGCUGGCAAACUGCUCUUCGCCGCUGCCUCCAACUCAGGGGGAAAUGCCCAGAGGACCUACCCAGCCAGCGACCCCCGCGUCAUAUGUGUGCACGCUACGGAUGGGCUCGGAAACAACACAGGUGGGAUGAACCCCCCAGUAGACAUCUGGGGAGACAAUUUUGCUACUCUAGGCCUCUGUAUCCCGUGUUCUUGGGGCAACAAUAUCGUCUAUAAGUCUGGAACUUCGUUCGCCACCCCUAUCGCGGCUGGGAUCGCAGCCAAUGUUAUUGACUAUGCAACAUACAGCUAUAGCCUUGGGAAGCUAUCGGCAGAAAAAUAUAGAAAAAUACGGCGGGGUGAUGGCAUGAGGAAGCUUUUCAUGCAGCUAUUGUCAAUCCAAAGAGACGGCUUUCGGUACAUAGCACCCUGGCAUCUUUGGAAGCCCGAGUUAGACGAUGAGUACGUCUGGGCUAAGUUGCGCGGGGAUUUUAACUUAUGA